AUGGCGAACUUCGAUGACUUCAUCUUUGCGUUCUUUGCCAUUGAGAUGGUGAUCAAGAUGGUGGCUUUGGGGAUUUUUGGCAAGAAGUGUUACCUUGGAGACACAUGGAACCGCUUGGACUUCUUCAUAGUCGUGGCUGGGAUGCUGGAGUACUCCCUCAAUCUGCAGAACGUCAGCUUCUCAGCGGUGAGGACGGUUCGCGUGCUGAGACCUCUGAGAGCCAUCAACCGAGUGCCAAGUAUGCGUAUCCUGGUGACCCUGCUGCUGGACACGCUGCCCAUGCUGGGGAACGUGCUGCUGCUCUGCUUCUUUGUCUUCUUCAUAUUCGGCAUCGUCGGUGUCCAGCUUUGGGCCGGCCUGCUCAGAAACCGCUGCUUCCUCGGCAACUUCUCAACCCCUCUCUCUGUGGAGUUGGAGAAAUACUACCACACUGAAAAUGACGACGAGAACCCCUUCAUCUGCUCUCAGCCCAGAGAGAACGGCAUGAGGGACUGCGGCUCGAUGCCCAAGCUGUACGAGGAAGGAGGCCUGCAGUGCAACCUGGAUAUGUACUCUCACAACAGCACUGACAACACCACCUGCGUCAACUGGAACCAGUACUACACCAACUGCUCUGCUGGUCUGAUCAACCCGUUCAAAGGAGCCAUCAACUUUGACAACAUCUGCUACGCCUGGAUUGCUAUCUUUCAGGUGAUCACUCUGGAGGGCUGGGUGGACAUCAUGUACUUCGUGAUGGAUGCUCACUCCUUCUACAACUUCAUCUACUUCAUUCUACUCAUCAUUAUUGGCUCAUUCUUCAUGAUCAACCUGUGCCUGGUGGUCAUCGCCACUCAGUUCUCAGAGACCAAGCAAAGGGAGAGUCAGCUGAUGAAGGAACAACGCGUGCGCUUCUUGUCCAACGCCAGCACUUUGGCCUCCCUCUCCGAGCCAGGCUCUUGCUAUGAGGAGCUGCUCAAUUACCUGGUCCACAUGGUCCGCAAGGGGGCCAGACAAGUGGCCCAUAUCUGCAGGCUCUUGGCUCGCCGUGCCGGGCUUAAUAUUGCCGCUUCGCCCCUAGCCACAGAGUCUCAACGCAGCCACAGCCAGAGGAGGAGGAGGAAGCCCUCUAGGCAGGGAUCUGUGUUGGUUCAUCACAUGGCACACCAUCAUCACCACAACCACCACCACUAUCACCUGGGUAAUGGUAGCGUGAGGGGUGGGGGGAGCAUUAGGUGUCUGGAGGGUAGAGAUGUGGAGGCUGGUGCUCAUAACAACAACGGAGGGACUCUUGUAGAAACCACCGGCAGUGGGCAUCUGGCUUUAGCCCUGCCGCCUACAGUGACUACAUCCACCUAUGAUACAAACCUGGCCACUUUGUCUAACCCUGCUGCGGGAGCUACUGAUUCAUCUUCAGUUCGCAGUGUAUUCCACAAUGAAACCUUUCACUGUACCCCCUCACCCACAAACCUGGGGCCGACCCCAAGCCCCUUUCCCCUCGCCCCGGCUCCCAUGUCUAGGGCCAUGAAGAGGAACUCGGUACCUUUUGCAGGUCCAGCGCCUAAGAACUACCCCACUAUGCAGGCUCGAGCCCUUGCAGAGUCCAGACGAGGGAGUGUUGCUGCCAGCACUCUGACUAACAUCAGCUUCAACCUGAAUAUCCCACCCAUGCCCCUGGAGACACGGCCAUCAAACCUGGUGGACACACAAACUCCCACAGCUGCAGCCCAGCUCUCCUGCCAGCUGUCGGCUCAUGACCUCAGCAGUGUCAUGGACACAGCAGCUUUUACAUUUGACCCCGAGAGUUGCCCCUACUGCGCCAAGGCCCUGGCCAACGAAUCAGAGGGCGGCAUAGAGGGCAACGAGACGCCCGGAGACUCCGACAGUGAGGGAAUAUAUGAGUUCACCCAGGAUCUUCACCACAGGGACAGGAGAGACAGCCGGCAACCCAAAAAGAAGCACCGCGGGCUGGGCAAAACGGCAGCGAAGGUGGUUCACUUCUGGAGGCUAGUGUGCGACACAUUCAGGAAGAUCGUAGACAGCAAGUACUUUGGCCGAGGGAUUAUGAUAGCCAUUCUGAUCAACACUCUGAGUAUGGGGAUCGAGUACCAUGAGCAGCCGGAUGAGUUGACCAAUGCGUUGGAGAUCAGUAACAUUGUGUUCACCAGCCUGUUCUCUCUGGAGAUGCUGUUGAAGGUUUUGGUCUACGGGCCGUUCGGCUACAUCAAGAACCCGUACAACAUCUUCGAUGGCAUCAUCGUGGUGAUCAGUGUGUGGGAGAUCGUGGGUCAGCAGGGUGGCGGUCUGUCGGUGCUGAGGACCUUCCGGUUGAUGCGGGUGCUGAAGCUGGUCCGCUUCAUGCCGGCGCUGCAGAGGCAGCUGGUGGUGCUGAUGAAGACGAUGGACAACGUGGCCACAUUCUGCAUGCUGCUCAUGCUCUUUAUCUUCAUCUUCAGUAUCCUCGGGAUGCAUCUGUUUGGUUGUAAGUUUGGAUCCGAAGAUCUGAGGAAUAAAGACACUCUGCCCGACAGGAAGAACUUUGACUCUCUCCUCUGGGCCAUCGUGACUGUGUUCCAGAUCCUCACGCAGGAGGACUGGAACAAGGUCUUAUAUAACGGCAUGGCCUCCACCACUCCUGUAGCCGCCCUCUACUUCAUCGCGCUCAUGACCUUCGGCAACUACGUCCUCUUCAACCUGCUGGUGGCCAUCUUGGUGGAGGGUUUCCAGACCGAGGAAGUGUCCAAGCGGGAGGACUUGCAUGCCCAGCUGAGCCUAAUUCAGCUGCCUGUAGACUCAGGGGGUGACGCUUCUAAAUCGGGUUCGGAGAUCGAUUCCUGUGCACGAAGUAUGGAGGAUGUGAACGGCAGCAAGAAGGAUUUAUCCGCCUCCGCAGUAGUAGUGCCUGUAAAUGGUCAUGUGGACCUGAAGACCAGCCUGACUCCUCCUCUAAUCACCCACACGGCUGCCACCCCCAUGCCUGUGCUCAAGCUGCCAGUCGGAGGAGACCCCGUCCCCGUCUGCGAGUCCCGUCGAGGCAGCAACGUCUCCAUUGAUCCAGCCUGCUAUGAAAAAUCACCGACCAGUGCCCACAGUUCCUCCUCUCACGCUCCAUGGAGCUCCAGCAGCGGCUGGACCAGCCGUCGGUCCAGCUGGAACAGCCUGGGUCGUGCUCCGUCACUCAAGCGGCAGAAGCAGCAGUCCGGCGAGCGACGGUCUCUCCUAUCCGGGGAGGCCGGCUCCAGCUCGGAUGACGGGGAAGGUGGAGGAGAAGAAGGAGGUGGGUUGAUGGAGGAAGAUAACGCCUCUCUGGUCAGGACGGACUCCAUGUCGCAGUCGGAGAGAGGGCCCCGACACCGGAGGAUGGAGUCCUUGGAGACUCGGAGCUCCAUGGAUUUGCCCCCUGAUGUUCUGCUGCAGGUGCCAAACCUGCACCGCUCAGCCAGCAUGCACAGCUCCAGACCCCCCUCACUGGGACACUUACGGACCCCAGAGCACAGUGACUGCAACGGGAAGGGCUCUCCUUCAGCCCUGGGCCCCACGCACGUCUCUCUGGAGGACAACACUGAAGACGAAAAUGCAGAAGAGGAGGCCAACCCGAGUCCAGUUUCCAGACUGUUCCGCUGGCUGGAGAAGAAACAACCCGAGUGGUGUCGACAGAGAGACACCUGGUCACUCUACCUCUUCCCUCCAGAGUCCAGGCUUCGGAUCGUGUGCACUAAGAUCAUCACCCACAAGAUGUUCGACCACAUCGUGUUGCUCAUCAUCUUCCUCAACUGCAUCACGAUCGCCAUGGAGAGGCCUCACAUCACCACGGCUGAGAGGAUCUUCCUCAAGUUGUCGAACUACAUCUUCACAGCGAUCUUUGUGGCUGAGAUGGCGAUAAAGAUUGUGUCUCAGGGCUGGUGUUUCGGGGACAAGUCGUACCUGAGGAGCAGCUGGAACCUUCUGGAUGGGAUGUUGGUCAUGAUCUCUGUGAUCGACAUCCUGGUGUCCCUCCUCUCCAACUCUGGUACCAAGAUCCUGGGCAUGCUCCGGGUGCUGCGGCUGCUGAGGACGCUGAGGCCGCUGCGUGUGAUCAGCAGAGCCCCAGGGCUCAAGCUGGUGGUGGAGACUCUGAUGUCGUCACUGAAGCCCAUCGGCAACAUCGUGGUCAUCUGCUGCGCCUUCUUCAUUAUCUUUGGCAUCCUGGGAGUGCAGCUCUUUAAGGGGAAGUUCUUUAUUUGUCAAGGAGAAGAUAUAGGAAACAUUACCAACAAGUCAGACUGUUUGCAGGCCAACAAGAAGUGGGUCAGACACAAGUACAACUUUGACAACCUGGGACAGGCCUUGAUGUCUCUGUUUGUUCUGGCGUCAAAGGACGGCUGGGUAGAUAUUAUGUAUUACGGACUCGACGCUGUAGGAGUUGACCAACAGCCGGUAAUGAACUACAACCCGUGGAUGCUGCUCUACUUCAUCUCCUUCCUGCUGAUCGUGGCCUUCUUUGUGCUCAACAUGUUCGUGGGCGUCGUGGUGGAGAACUUCCACAAGUGCCGGCGCCACCAGGAGGCCGAGGAGGCCAAGCGCAGGGAGGAGAAGAGACUGAAGCGCAUGGAGAAAAAGAGACGGAAUUUAUUGGUUCCGGGGGUGAGUUGGGCCCUCUCUGGAGGCACACUGAAAGCUCAGAGUAAGCCUUACUACUCCGAUUACUCCCCCACUCGCCUGCUCAUCCACAAGUUGUGCACCAGCCACUACCUGGACCUGUUCAUCACCAUCAUCAUAGGACUCAACGUCAUCACCAUGUCCAUGGAGCACUACCAGCAGCCCAAGGAGUUGGAAAAGGCGUUGACGAUCUGCAACUACGUCUUCACCCUCAUCUUUGUUCUGGAGUCUGUCUUCAAGCUGGUGGCUUUUGGCUUCCGGCGCUUCUUCAAGGACAAGUGGAACCAGCUGGAUCUGGCCAUCGUGCUGCUGUCCAUCAUGGGCAUCACUCUGGAGGAGAUUGAUGGCAACACACUGCCCAUCAACCCCACCAUUAUCCGCAUCAUGAGGGUGCUGAGGAUCGCACGAGUUUUGAAGCUCUUGAAGAUGGCGGUGGGGAUGAGAGCUCUGCUGGACACAGUUAUGCAAGCCUUGCCUCAGGUGGGGAAUCUGGGUCUUCUCUUCAUGCUUCUCUUUUUUAUUUUUGCAGCGCUGGGAGUGGAGCUGUUUGGUGACUUGAUUUGUGAUGAACUCCACCCGUGUGAAGGUCUGGGGCGCUACGCUACAUUCAAAAACUUUGGGAUGGCAUUUUUACUGCUCUUCAGAGUUUCCACUGGAGACAACUGGAACGGAAUAAUGAAGGACACUUUGAGGGACUGCGCCCAGGAGACCAACACCUGCUACAACACUGUGGUCUCUCCCAUCUACUUUGUCUCCUUCGUUUUGACUGCUCAGUUUGUCCUGGUCAACGUUGUCAUUGCUGUCCUGAUGAAGCACCUGGAAGAGAGCAACAAGGAAGCCAAGGAGGAGGCGGAGAUGGAGGCGGAGCUGGAGCUUGAGCGCCAGCUUGCAGGGGGAGAAAUGGCAACGAGGUCACCCCAGCACAACCCUCUGGCCCUGGGCAUGGACAGGUCAAGUUCUGGGGGUUCCCCCUGGAGGUCCACUGGAGGAGGGGACAGGGAGCAGGAAAGAGACGGUCCUAUGGACUCGCCCACUAUCGAUAUAACCAGAGACUAUGUAAACAUCCGAGCAGACAGCCCUUCAUGCCUGGAGCCCCCGCUGGAGUUUGUCCAGCGGAGAGCGCAGUUUGACUCGGUCUCCCUGGUCAUCCAGGGUUCAAUGGAGGGAGAGUUGAGUUUGAUGGACAACCUGUCUGGCUGUAUCUGCCACUUCUACGCGCUGCCCCCCAAGCCCAGAAAGCACAGCACCGACAAAAAGAUCCCUCUAGCGGAGAUGGAAGCUUUGUCUCUGGCCUCUGAGAAAUCCGGGUCCCGAGCUCUGACCGACGACUCAGCCCCCGACGAUUUUAACCCCCCCUUUCUAACCAGUCUGGAAUGCAAUCCAGAGCAGCUGGAUCCCAGGGAGCCACUGGAGGACAACCUGCUGAGUGUCAGGAAGCCUGCGGUGGGACGCACACACUCCCUGCCCAACGACAGCUACAUGUUCCUCCCCGUGCAGCCGCUCGGCACCACGGAUCCAUCCCCCGCACAGCUUCUAGCACAGGGGCCCCAGGACAUACUGGGCUCCCACAGGGCCCAAUCAGGCUCCAGAAACUCAGUGCGCUCACAGCCGGAGGAGCGCUCCCAGCAGCUGACCGUUCCCGCAGACCUCUUCAGACCCAUCAGCCCCCACAGCCACUCCGACUCGGAGAGCAUACCACGACUCCCCCCUCCCAGACGCACACACACACUGAGCCGCACGCUCCGCAGACAGGUUGCAGUGUCUACUGACUCUCAGGAGGCCCUGUGCUCAGACGGAGGGGAGUGCACUGAAGGACUUGUGAAUGUGGCGUCUCUGGGCCUCCCUCCUUCCCCCUCCAUCUCUCCCUCCCCCUGCUCCCAUCAUCAUCAACAGCCUGCUCUCUGCCUGCUCCCCGCCACGGCAGGCGCCUCCCCUAAACCCUCGCGCCCCAGCAGCGUGCACACGCAGCUUCACGACCAGCACUGCCUCGCCUCCUACUCCCCCUCUUCCCUCUCGCCCUCCUCGUCUCCUCCGCUCUUACCGGCCAGGCGGCACCAACAGGAGAAGGCCUCGGUGGAUUUGGAAGUGUCCCUCAUUACCCGGGCGGGGUUGGUUGGCAGCGACGACAUCAUAGCGCAGGGGAGUGGCAACGGCGGUAACACGGGUUGCAGCGGCUACGCGGGCUGCCAGGAGAGUCUGAGGCAGCUGAAGAGGUUCCACAGUGUUGACACGCAGGGCCGCAGCGCCGCCCUGCCCCGCCCCCGCCCCCGCCCUUACUCCUGGCUCGACGACCCGCGGUGUCACUCUGUUGAGGUGUGCUCCUCGGGGGAGUCCAGCCCCCAGCGCGGCACCGCCUCCACCUCCUCCGGGUUUGUGUCGCGGGCCGACAGCCUGCAGAUCCACAGCCAGAUGUCCACUCAUCCCUCGCCCCGACGCAAGAAGAAGAUGAGUCCGCCCUGCAUCUCUGUGGACCCCCCCGACGGGCUGGAGCCUCAGUCCAGCCUCUACCCGGGCCUGGCGCUGGGGGGAAUAGGGAUGCUUCCUCCUCAGCCCAGCCUGGACACCUGCCUGAGGAGGAGAGCGCCCUCCAGUGACUCCAAGGACUCCUUUGACCUGGGAGUAGGAGAGGGUUUGGGACAGGAGGGAGGCUCGCCAAACCCCAACACCAACCCCAAGCUACUGACUCUCCCCAGAGAAGACAAGCUCUGAGCACUGAACACUGAUACUGCACCACACUCACACACACACACACACACACGCACACGGCUGGACGGACCCUUCACACACACAAACACACGAUGCACACUGUGUAUCUGUGACGGUGAUAGUUCUAGUAAUAAUGCUGUAGAGAGUAAUAAUGGUGAAACUACAACAUGCAGUGAAGACAUCCUUGGUUUCAAGAGGAGUGCAGUGCUGUAGUGACCAUCCCUUGUCUUUGUAUUGUUACUGCCAAAACCACCAGAGAAGAAGAGAAGACUUGAAACAACAACACAAACAUGACUGUUGCUCUUCUGCUACGCCUGCAUGCCACUGACCCCGCGACCUCUGGAGUGACAUCGGCACCGGGGAUCAUGGCGCUCUCUUUGCUCGCCAUCUGAACUGCCUGGCGUUACAUCGGGGGGGGGGGGGGGGGGCUCUGCCCGGUCAGUAGAGGUACAAAGCAAUAUGAACGUUUUAGAAAAACUAUUUUCUUAAAUUAUUGGGCCAUAGUGUUUGUACAGGAUGUUGUUUUUAAUUUCAUUCGAUUGUUAUUUUCAUGUCUUUUUUGUGAUUUUCUUUGUUUUUGUCAAAUUGGUUUGUCUUUGUCUUUUUUUUCACUGUAGGAUAUUUCUAGCUUUCUUGGUUUAACUGAGGAAAGUGAACGUUUUUCAAAGUGCUGAAAACCAUGUAUUUGUAGGAAUAAUAUAUAAAUAUAUAUAUAAAAAAAACAAGUCAUUAAACUGAGUUUGGAUUUUUAA